UACACCGACAUAGGCUUCUGUCUAUAUCAGCGGGUUUAGUCAUUCAUCAAAGCCACCAUCUUUGUUGCAUCCAUUCAUCCAGAGUGAACAAUUAUCAAGAAGGUUUGUUUCUUCAAUUCAGUUCUCUAAUUUAGACGAAUCAGAAACGAUUCGAGCUCUGUUUUCGGAAUCCAAAAGAAAGAAGGAAAAUCCAAUUCCAAACGACUCCGAUCGUCUUCUUGAGCAUACAAGAGAGAGAGAGAGAGAGAGAGAAGAAGGGGAAGUGAUGGCAUCUACCAGCACAACGAAACGGGUCAAAAGAUUGUUGGAAGGAGGAUGUAAACCUAAUCAAUUUUAUCAAGUUAAUUCAAAGAGAUGGAAAAAAAGUAUACGGUCUAUAUAUUGUUUGGUUGUGGUCAUGGUUUGAUUUUUGUAACAUAAUUAAUCUACAUUGAGUGUUUGAGGAACAAGUAGUUGAAGGAUCGAAUAUAGUUGGAGAUGAAGACGCGUUCGCAAUGCCAGAAGGUGAAUGCUCAGUAUCAUUUGGUCAAGCAUCAUAUCAAAGAAGCAAGCAAGGACUGAUUGUCCCCUACAAAGAUUCAGGUGAUAACAUUUAUACAUGUGAUCAUUGCAAUGCAAAUUUUUGGUUUGAUGAAGCUAUCAAAAAAUCAUCAUCGAAUGCAUCUCUUAUUUAUACAAACUGUUGUAAAAAAGGUCAAAUUAAAAUUGAGCAAUCGAAACCAACACCAACUUUCCUUGAAAAUUUGUUAAAUCCAGAUAAAGGCCCAGAAAGUAAGUUAUUUAGAGAAAAUAUUAGAGUUUACAAUUCGAUGUUUUGUUUCACAUCAAUGGGAGCAUCAAUUGAUCAUAAAAUAAAUACUGGAUCAGGUCCUUAUGUAUUCAAAAUCAGUGGUCAAGUACAUCAUUUAAUGGGAUCUAUAUUACCUUCUGACGGAGACUCUCCGAAGUAUGCUCAAUUGUACAUAUAUGAUACGAAAAAUGAGGUUUCAAAUCGAAUUAAUGCGAUCGAUCCAACUCAUGUUAAUGAAAAUAUUCGAUUAGAUAUUGUUCAAGGACUUAUAAAAAUGUUUGAUGAGAUUAAUGAAUUGGUGAAAGAAUUUCGAACUAUAAGGGAUAAAUUUGAAAAUUGCUCUCUACCUGUAUUAAAUAUGAUUAUACUUAAUCGUCAACCUGCUGAUAGUAAACAAUAUGAAAUGCCUUCAACUGAUGAAAUUGGUGGUUUAGUUGUUGGUGAUAUUGGAGAAUAUAAUUCAAAUAAAGAUUUAAUUAUUGAAUCAAAAAAUGGACAGUUACAUCGUAUUUCUAGAAUACAUCCGAAAUAUAUGUCAUUACAAUAUCCAAUUCUUUUUCCAUAUGGUGAAGAUGGAUAUAAACCAGACUUACCAAUGCAACAAAUUAUAGGAGAUUAUAGAAAAAAGAGACAACGAAUAUCUAUGCGAGCAUAUAUUACGUAUCAAAUUCAAGAUAGAAUUAACGAGGUUAGUACUUUAUUAAAAGGGGGACGAUUAUUCCAACAAUAUUUAGUUGAUGCUUAUGCAACAGUUGAAGAAGAUCGUUUAGAUUGGAUCAGAAAAAACCAAAAAAAAUUUCGAAGUGAAAUUUACAAAGAUAUUUACACUGCAGCUUUAGCUGGAAUGAAUAAAGCUUCUGAUUUAGGGAAAAGAAUUAUUUUACCAAGCUCUCAUACAGGAAGUCCACGAGAUAUGAUUAAUAACUAUCAAGAUGCUAUGGCGAUUUGUAGAAAAUACGGAAAUCCUGAUUUGUUUAUAACUUUUACUUGCAAUGUUAAAUGGAUAGAAAUUCAAAGAUAUUUUCAAAGUAAACCGAAAUAUAGAGUUGAAGAUCGGCCUGAUAUAAUUUCAAGAAUUUUUAAAAUAAAAUUGCAAGAUAUGAUUACUUAUAUUAAAUCUGGAGAACCCUUUGGAGAAGUUGAAGCAUAUGUUCAUACAAUAGAGUUUCAAAAAAGAGGACUACCACAUGCUCAUAUGUUAUUUUGGCUAAAAAAAGAAUAUAAAUGUUAUACAGCGAUUGAUGUUGAUUCUAUCAUUUCGGCAGAAUUACCAGACAAAAAUACAAAUCCUGAACUUUUUAAUAUUGUUAGCCAAUUUAUGAUACAUGGACCUUGCGGACAAUUAAAUUUGAAAUCUUCCUGCAUGCGAAAUGGAAAAUGUUCAAAAUUUUUUCCAAAACCAUAUAAUACAAACACUAUAUUCGAAUCGAAUACACCUACUAUAUAUAGACGUCGUGAUGAUCACACAAAAUUUGUAGUGAAAAAUGGUGUUCAUAUUGGAAAUAAUUUUGUUGUACCCUAUAACUCAAAUUUAUUAUUAAGAUAUAAUGCACACAUAAACGUUGAAUUAUGUUCUCAAUCUAUGUUAAUUAAAUAUUUAUUUAAAUAUAUUAAUAAAGGUCCAGAUAGAGCUCGCAUCCUAUUACGUGAAGAUUUAAAUGACGAAAUUGCAACUUAUCUUAAUUGUCGAUAUUUAACUCCUCAUGAAUCUGUUUGGAGAUUAUUUGAAUAUUCAAUUCAUUCUCGACAUCCCGCUGUUCAAUAUUUACAAAUUCAUAUGCCUUUAGAACAAAAUAUUAUAUUUAAUGAACAUCAAUCAAUUGACUCAAUAAUAAAACAUAAAAGUAUAGCAGAUACUACGCUUACUGGAUGGUUUAAAGCAAAUAUAACUUAUCCAGGAGCAUCUGAGUUAACUUAUAUAGAAUUUCCAACUAAAUUUGUAUGGGAUGAUCAUAAAAAAUGUUGGACACCACGACAAAAAUGUGAAAGUAUUGGUCGAAUAGCAUAUGUACAUCCUGUAGCAGGUGAAUUAUAUUACAUGAGAAUGUUAUUAAAUAUUCAAAAAGGUUGUCAGAAUUUUGAUUCAAUAAAAACAAUUAAUGGCAUUAAAUAUUCUUCCUAUCAAGAAGCUUGCCGAUCCUUAGGUUUAUUAGAUGAGGAUAAGGAAUGGAUUGAAGCAUUAGAAAAUUGUUUACAUUUUGCAACAGCUUUUGAAAUACGUCAACUAUUUGUUACAAUUAUUUUAUUUUGUGACGUUGCAAGUCCUCAAAUGUUAUUAGAUUCAUACUGGUUACAUAUGUCAGAUGAUAUUUUGCAUAGAACUAGAGUCGAAGUUGGAAAUCCGAAUUUAAUCUUAUCUGAAUCAGAAUUAAAAAAUAAAUUAUUGUUUGAAUUAGAACAAAUUUUUAAUAGAUCAUCAAGUUCGUUAAAAGAUUAUCGAUUACCAAUGCCUGAUACAAACAAACUAUUUGAUUUAAAUAAUAGACUUUUAAGGGAAGAAUUAGAUUAUGAUUGCCUUGAAUUAAAACGCCAAUAUAUGAAUUAUAUAGUUAAAUUAAAUGCAGGUCAAAAAAUUAUAUAUAAUGAAGUUAUGAAAGCAAUCGAAGAAAAAACAUGUAAUACUUUUUUUGUUCAUGGUUAUGGAGGAACCGGUAAAACAUUUUUAUGGCAUACAAUUAUAAGUAAAUUAAGAUCUGAAGGAAAAAUAGUCUUAGCUGUUGCCUCAUCUGGAAUUGCUUCAUUGUUACUCCCAAAUGGUAGAACUGCUCAUUCUCGAUUUAAAAUACCUCUAAUAGUUAAUAAUUUAUCAAUAUGUCCAAUAAAAAAAGGUACUCAACUUGCAGAAUUAAUUAAUAAAACCGAAUUAAUCAUUUGGGAUGAAGCUCCAAUGUGUAAUAAAUAUUGUUUUGAAGCAUUAGAUAAAUCUUUACGUGAUAUUUUAUCAAAUCCAGAUGAUAAUGUAGCUAAUAAACCGUUUGGCGGUAAACCAAUUUUAUUAGGUGGAGAUUUUAGACAAAUUUUACCUGUUGUUACAGGAGGAACGAAAGAACAAAUAGUUGAAGCUUCAUUAAACAGUUCAUAUAUUUGGUCAUCAUUUAAAAUAUUUAACCUUACAGAAAAUAUGAGAUUAUCAAGAACUGAUUUAACUGAUGAAGAUAGAAUAAGUAUUUCUACCUUUGCAAAUUGGUUGUUACAAAUUGGAGAAGGCUGUGUACAUUCAAUCAAUUAUGAAAAUGAUGAAGAUACAUCGUGGGUUGAAAUUCCUAAUGAUUUACUUAUUCACACUUAUACAAAUCCAAUACAGGCAAUUUUUACUGCAACUUGUUCAAAUUUUAAUGCCAAUUAUAAUGAUUUCAAUUAUUUAAGAGAACGUGCAAUUAUUACACCUCGAAAUUCUACAGUGCGAGAGAUAAAUGAUUAUGCUAUAAAUUCAUUACCAGGCAACACAACUACUUAUUUAAGUUCAGAUAGUAUUUUAUUAAAUUCUGGAAAUAAUGAAAAUCUUAAGGUAUUAUAUCCUAUAGAAUUUUUAAAUAAACUUGAAUUCAAUGGAUUACCGUCACAUGAAUUAAUUUUAAAGGUUGGAAUGCCGAUUAUGUUAUUAAGAAAUUUAGAUCAAAUGUCUGGUUUAUGUAAUGGUACAAGAUUAAUAAUAACAAACUUAUUUAGUCGAUUAAUUGAAGCAAAAAUAUUAACAGGAAAUAAUAUAGGCAAAAAAUAUUUUAUACCAAGAAUUGUUCUAACCGCAACUGAAAAUAAAUGGCCAUUCACUUUUAAAAGACGACAAUUUCCAAUAAGACCCUGUUAUGCUAUGACUAUUAAUAAAAGCCAGGGUCAAUCUCUAAAUUACGUUGGUGUAUAUUUACCAGAACCAGUUUUUACUCAUGGACAAUUAUAUGUUGCACUUUCAAGAGUUACAUCUAGAAAUGGAUUGAAAAUUUUAAUAAAUAAUAACAACGAUAUAUGCAACAGGUAUACAAAAAAUAUAGUUUACAGAGAUGUAUUAAAAAAUUUAUAAACCAGUUAAUCAUAUUUAAAAAGUGAAUUGAAAAUUUUACCUAUUAACUUCUUCUUCUAAUUAUACUA